AUGGCUCUGAGGCGUUCUGCUCGAAUCAGUGCCGCCGCUGACCGGCAGGCAGCCGAUACGCAAGUCACGACUACGGUCAGGGAAACGAAGACUAAGACCGAGAGAAAUGGAGCUAGGAAGAAGCGGAAGACGUCCGCAGAGGAUUCUACAGGCACAACACCGGCCGAAGCCGCAAUUGACGUCUCUGAACCCCCGACCAAGCUGAAUCGCAAGCGAACGGGCCAGACGGACGAUGGGCCGUUCUCGAACGGUACGACGAGAGUCACACCGCCUCCUCUUGACCGUCCCGUCGAGCCUCACAGGACGAAUGCCAUCCUUGUGACACCACGGGGAAGCUCCGUGGUUGCCUAUCCGCCUGGAGCGGAAAGCGUGUCGCCGAGCAAGACGGGGCUUCCGCAACCCGUCGCGACAACGGGCACGCUCCUCGAAAAGGCGGUUGCCCAUCUGAUCGCAGCCGAUCCGCGCCUCAAGCCCCUCAUCGACAAACACCCCUGCCCGCUGUUCUCGCCGGAAAGUCUGGCAGAGCCGAUUGACCCGUUUCAGAGCCUGGCCAGCACUAUCAUCGGGCAGCAGGUAUCGGGCGCGGCGGCCAAGUCGAUCAAGAACAAAUUCAUUGCACUUUUCAACAGCAACAGCGCUGACGGGCCGGACGAGACGCCGACGUUUCGGACGGCGAAGCGCUUUCCGACACCCGCGGAGGUCGCCCAAUGCGACAUCGCGACGCUGCGGACAGCAGGCCUUUCCCAGCGGAAGGCGGAAUACAUCCAGGGGCUGGCGGAGAAGUUCGUCAGCGGGGAGCUGAGCACGGAGAUGCUGCUGAAGGCGAGCGACGAGGAGAUUUUGGAGAAGCUCACCGCGGUGCGGGGGCUGGGCAAGUGGUCCGUCGAGAUGUUUGCCUGCUUCGCGUUGAAGCGGACGGAUGUGUUCUCGACGGGGGAUCUGGGUGUGCAGAGAGGCUGCGCAGCCUUCGUCGGCCGAGACGUGAACAAGCUCAAGGCCAAAAAGGGGGGUGGAAAGUUCAAAUACAUGCCCGAGAAAGAGAUGCUAGAGCUGGCCGAGAAGUUUCGACCAUACAGGGUAUAUACGAUAAAUGGAGCUGCAUGUACUACUAUGACUAGGAUAGACAACGGACGCAAAAGCCGGACGGAUGUAGAACAAAAGAAAUGCUUUCUUGACAGAUAG